GUAGAUAAAAAAAUUUUCCUAAUAGUUGGUCGACUGUCAAACCAGCAAAGUAAAGAAAAUUACAGUUUUUGGUAUCAAUUUUAAAGAAAACAAAUUAAUUAAGUUACACUUUAUUAUUAAAAGUUUAUUAGAUAGAAAGUUCGCAGUGUUUGAUUUAAAAGUGAACCACAUAUAAGAAGAUUAAUUUGCAGGCUAUAUAUUUAUGGUUUUGUACUAGCAUCAGAAUAGAGGGGGGCAAAAGCGCCAGCGCUAAAAACCGCAUUCAGUAUAAUACUAAAAAACAUUUAGACAAAAAUAACAAUAUUUUUGUUUUGUUAUAAAAUCGGCAAUUAAAUGAAGAAUGGCUACUACACAGCAGUACUCGCUUCGUUGGAACAAUUACUUUCGACAUUUGACAUAUGCUUUGGACAAUCACCGCAACAACGAUGAUUUUGUUGACGUGAGUUUAUGCUGUGACGGACGUAAAAUCAAGGCUCAUAAAGUGGUGCUAUCAUCAUGUAGUUCUUAUUUCAAAGAAAUAUUCAGGGACAAUCCCCAUCCUCAUCCAGUAAUAAUUUUUAAAUUUAUUAAAUUCGAAGAUCUCACCUCAAUAAUUGAGUUUAUGUACCAGGGAGAAGUGAAUGUACAGCAGGAAGCGUUGCAAUCAUUUCUCCAGACCGCCGAAUUACUUGCUGUGCAAGGUCUUACCGCAGAGGAAAAGGAGAAACCAAAAUUGCCUCCGACACCGAUUAUUGAUGAACAAAAACUUAUUAAAACCAUCCCCAGUACUAUUAGAGCGGUGAAUGAUGUAACGACUGCAACACAGACUACACCGCAAACAAUCGAAAUACCAACGGCAACUAUUUUGCAGCAAACGCAGCCACAGCAACAGCAACAUACCGCUACACAGCAUCAUCAUGUACAAACACAAAUCCAGCAUAUUCAAGUGCAACAUCAACCGCAACCCCAUGUGCAAACCGUGCAAACUCAGGUGCAGCAACAGCAAACAACAACACAUCAGCUGCAACAUCAUCAGCAGCAACAAUUGCAACAAACUCAUUUAGGUGCGCUGCCUUCUACUAAUACGAUAAAGAAACGUAAAAUGACUUUCUCAGAUGAUGAUGAUAACAUAUAUACCACAGAAGGCGUUGAUUACGGUGUCAAGGAUGAUUCUUCGAUUGUUAAAACGGCGGAAAUGACAUUCCUACGAGGUACUGUUAAAAUGGAUAUACCCGAAUACAUAGUUGGCGAAGUUGAUGAUAGCGAACAGUUGACUGAUGGAAGUGCGCAGCAUACAUCACAAGACGGUGGCACGACGGGCACCCAAAAUGUCACACAGUACACAUCUGAAUAUGAAAUUCUGACAGAAUCAGAAAUUGAGGAAAAGUUUCAUCAAGCUGAUGCAGAAAAUGCAGAAAUAACAAUCGAAAUGGGGCGUCUUUUAAAUCCAACAACGAGUACGCCAUCAACAACAACACCUCAUACAACGUUAGAUGAAUCCGGUGGCAGUGUCACUAAUGCUGUAGUAAAAAUUGAUAAUAAAGGUGGCGGAACUGCAGAUUUGCCAAAUAAUAAGUGGACAGAAUGUCAAUUUUGCAAAAUGGUCAUAACCACGGUAAAUCUUUGGAGACAUAUUCGUACGCAACAUACGCCUCAACCGCCCCGUAAAUGCGAGCUAUGCAACAAAAAUUUCAAAAACAAAUACAGUCUACGCGAACACAUACGAAUUUCGCACGAACAAAAAAUCACAGUGAAGUCAGAAAACUGAUUGACAAUAUUUCAUUUGCGUCGGUAAAUUGACCGCACUUCUUUUUUAAUAAAAUAACGUGAAUAAAGGAAGAGCUUAGCAGCAAAUGCCAAGCUUAUUAUGAAAACCGUUAUUAACUGCAAUCAAGAAAGGCAACUAUAAAUAACUUCGAUGUUAAUUUAAUACCAGUGAGCAGAGCACAUAAAUACGUCCAAAAAAUAUGAAUAAUAAUGGAACUACCAAAAUGAAAUUAUGAUGAAAAAUGCUAGAGAUUUAACCUAAAAAGUGCAAAGUAGAUUUAUUUUAAUUAAGCCAGUGUAUUGCAAUAUUCAAUUAUUAGCUGAAUUCCGGUUUAAUUUAUUUAAACAAUGGUCGAUUGAUUUUGGUAAUGAUUUUAAUACUUUUUUGUAAUAUAGUUGAUUAACGAACUUUGCGCUGCACUAUUCGUAAUUAUUAUUAAACACAAACCACUGUACAUUUUAAUUAAUCUUCUAUUACAUAUAAAACAAACAAAUAUUAAUAUAAUUUAAAAUAUCUAAAGGCACAUUUAUUCAACACUAAAACUCAGAGAAGGUAAUAACGAUUGAUAUUAAAUAUUAGAGCUUGAUUAGUGUAUACUGUGGGGCAGAAAUCUCCCAAUUCAUAUAAUUUGCUUAUUUUCUAAAUCAUUCGCAAGAUCCUAGCAAAUACAUACACAUUUCGGCUUAAACUGAUAAUAGGACAAAACAAAAGUAAAGACAAAAAAAUUUAAGUGAGGUAGAUGUGUAAAUCGAUGUAUAAAUUUAAUAAGUAUCUAUCAUGUUUCAUUAAUUAAAUACAGAUGUAUAAAGGAUAUGUAUUACAAUUUUUAUAGGAUAGACUUAGAUUUAACGGAAAUAAAAAUAAAUCAGAUUGAUAUACAUACAUAUAUAAUUCUAUAAUGUAGGUGUAGAUUUACUUGUAACUUAAAAGUAUGUGUAGGACGAGAGGAAUUAAUUAAUAUGCAAUAUUUGCAAAAAAUAUUUUUUUGCCGAUAAACUAUAUAUACAUACAUAUAUAAGGGUAAUAUUUAAAAAAAAAAAGAUUCCAAAAUUGAAAUUCAAAAAACUGUACAAAAUAAUACCUAUAAUAAAAUUUGAAGAAAUCACGAAGUGAGAAAAUGAAAAAUAGCGUAGAAUAUUUAAAUACAGUUUCGGCUACCGGAAAAUUUAGCUAUAAAAAAGUAAGAUAAUAGAAAAUUUCCAUAUCUCGAGUCGAUAAGAAACGCUUAUCAUAUAGUACAAUUUGUGGACAAAAAAAAGUAUUAAGCAGUACAGCUUUGGAUAAAAACAACAUGAAUCAAAAUUCAUAUUGAAAUUCUCAUAUUUUCGUUUCCCUAAUCGCUAAUUCAUUCGUUUUCAAUAUUUUCUUUAAAAAAAUUGGAAUUACUGGGGUUUUAUGGUACCAUGGAAGUUUUCUUGUGAAUAUUUUUAUAUAACAUCUCAAUUAUUAAGUCACAUUUAAAUCAUGAUGAAAUUGCUAAUUAGAAAAUUAAAAAAAUUAAAUUUAAUACAUGAAAUACAAACAAAUUUAAAAGAAUACUAUAUAAAUAAAAUAAAGUAAUUGUAAUAUACUUAUACUGAUUAUAUUAUAUGUAUGUAAUAUUUAUAAGCAGGAUAGACUUUUAUUAUAAUUUUCAAAAAUAUAAAUGAAUGUCGAAAAAAUAUUUGUUUAUUUUUUAUAUUAUAUGUGGGUCAGCUUAAUUGGAUGAGCUUAUACCGAGUAAGAAAUAAGCGCUAUACACUACUUUAAUUGAAUCCAUAAUUUAAAGCUAAUUUUAAACGGUUCAUUUUGUAGACGUGCAGUGUCGAUGACAAUACUUAACAUGUAUUAUGAUAGCUCUGUUGAUGCUAAAUAAGUAAAAUAAUAAUAAGAGGUCUUCACUACAUCAUAUAUUGGAUUGUCUAAAAACGCCCACGAAAUUUUGGGAGGGUUUAGUAUGUAAAAGGCUCUUUCCUGGUUUGCGUUACAAUUUUUUUUGUUUAUAUUUAUGUAGUUCUCUACAACCGACCGACUACUAAUAGACACUAGCUAUUUAGUU